AAAACGGCUCAUUCAAACACGCCCCCACAUGUCUACGUCACGGUGUGGGAAGAUUUGCAAAACAAUGUAUAUGCAAUAUAAGAAGGCGGAACUAUUAUUCUCGCUGUAGUAUUGUUACUGCCGUCGGCGCCAUGUCCCAGAGACGCUGUGUUUCGUUGUGAAAGCGAAACUACUUUGUUUGGGCUUCCAAAAGAGGACACAACUAGAAAUCAGAGGUUAAGUUGUAUUUACAACACUGUUCUAGAACGGUUCAAUCCAAAUAUUAGAGUGUGUGCAGCGCAUUUUACGGAGGACUAUUUCCUGAACCUGGAAGAGUAGCCUACAAUGCUGGCUUGCAAAAAGGCUGUUUCUAUAAAGUGGGGCAAUUCCAACAUUGCAAGGACAGUCUGGUGCUUCUGACUCACAGCCUGUAAGUACGUUUUCUUAUUUAAAGAAUUUGCCACUGACUAUUCAAACGUGAGUUUUGAGCUGUAGUGCUUGUUGUUUGUCGUUUCUCCGAUCACAAAUGCAGACAUGGUAAUGUUUAUGCGGCGUGAUGCAAAAAGACAGUAUAAGUCAUUAUAAUCAGUAAUUAUGUCCCCACUGGAUGCAACAAAUGCCUUGUUUAUUAUGGGUUUUAUUGUUUUUGUGUCGUCGUGCCGGGACAUGGCAUCACAAUAUGGUAAGGGGCGUAACAUUUCCGUCUCACGCUUGAGGUAUUCGGCCAAUCACAACGCACUGGAUAGCUGGCAAAUCAGAGCACAUCUCGCUUCUCAGAACGAUGAGCUUUGUAAAAAUUGCCGCAUUUCAGAAAGGCGGAGCAUAGAGGAGCAACAAUAAUAUACAGUAUGUGGAAAAUGUGUUUUUUGAACCUUAAACCGCAUAAACGCAUUGCAUUACACCAAAUACACAAAAUAAUGUUCUUUUUAGCAACGUUAAAACGCUUUCAUAUGACCCCUUUAAUUAGUUGAAGGACCCCAUUCAAGUUCAUGUUACUGAAGCGCCCUUUUUGGAACCAGUAUAAAAGUGCUAAGUUUUCUUGUCUUUUGGUGCGACACCCCUAAAUUAUAUUUUUUUAAUUAAAACUGUAUGUUAAACUACAUGAUCAUGGAGAAUGAGCGAUAGUGGUGAUAUUCUCAUCAAUACAUUCAAUCCACCAUAUUAUAAAACAAAACCAGCUGUUUCAGUGUCUUACAAAUCCAGCUCCGCUCAAGAACUCACAUGUAAUGAAAAUUAUACACCAACAGAGUCUCCUGAUAAACAGUCAGCGACAGAGGAUGUACCAAACCCCAAAGAAACUUUCGCCACCCACAAAAAUGACUGCUACGUCUGCAAGAAACCUCAGUCUAAAAUUUCACGUCACUUCAAACAGCAUCAAAACAGUGAGAUGGAAAUUGCUGCUGCAUUCUCUCUCCCUAAACACUCCCAGGACAGAAAACGGUUACUUGAGAAGCUACGAAACAGAGGCAAUUACCAACACAAUCAAGAGGUUAUAGAAAGAAAAAGAGGACCACUGAAAAUUAGAAGGCGCUCAGGAAGAUCAGAAAUCGAACUGAGAGCCAAAACAUUUGUGCAUUGUGUAUACUGUAAAGGCCUGUAUGUUCGCAAGGAGCUGUGGCGCCAUACGCGGAGAUGCCCUUCAAAUAUGUCUGAAGCAACUGGCAAGGCCAAAGUAUUAGGUUUGGCUGAUAUUGCAGAGUCAACAUUCUCCCAACAAAUAUCUCCUGCGUUGUGGAAGAUCUUGGGAAAUAUGAAGAAUGAUGACAUUUCAUCAGUAGUUCGAAAUGAUUUCCUCAUACUUCAGUUGAGUCAGUAUCUUUACAACAAGCAUGACAUUGAUCCAACAAAAUCUGAAUACAUCAGACAGAAGGCUCGAGAAAUGGGCAGACUCUUGCUAAGAUUGAGAAGAAAGUACUCCAUAUAUAGCUUUGAAGAUGCUAUGAAACCGAACGAUUUUUACAAAGUCGUUGAGGCUGUGAAAGAUGUUGCUGGUUACGAUGAAAAGAGCCAAUUGUAUAAGACGCCAAGUCUUGCUCUGAAGUUAGGACAUUCCCUUAACAAGAUUGGUGACAUUAUUCUCUGCAGGGCCAUCGCAGUAGAGGAUGAUGUUAUGACAAAAGCAGCAGAGCAAUUCAAAAGACUGUGCUCAAGUGAAUGGGCAGGACAUGUCUCCCAUGCUGCUCUUGCUACUUUGAGCAAAUCAAAGUUCAACAAACCAUCUACUAUACCAUUCACACAGGACGUGCAGCUUCUCCACCAGUACCUAGAGAAGAAAUCAGUUGAAGCUUUUCAAAGCCUAAAAAAUCAUGAGUCUUCACAUACAUAUGCAGAGCUCACCAAAGUGACACUUGCGCAAGUAAUAAUAUUCAACACACGUUGUGCAGGAGAAGUCUCAAAAAUGACGCUCGAGUGUUUCAAGAAAAGAAACCAGACUGAGCUCCACGAGGGCAUAGCUCUCGGUCUCUCUCCAUUUGAACAAAAAAUGUCCAAGCAUUUCAGCAGAGUAGAAAUCAUGGGCAAGAAAGGGAAAAAAGUUGCUAUUUUGUUAAAUCCUGAACUUGAAAGAGCAAUUAAACUUCUUGUGGAAAAGAGAGAUGCAUGUGAAGUAGACAUGGACAACCCCUUCCUAUUUGGAAGACCAAAGUACUCACCCACCAGCUUCUUCAGUGGACAGGACUGCAUCAGGCUUUUUGCAAGUCAGUGUGGUGCGAGGAACCCAGAACCUCUCAGGUCUACACAGCUCCGCAAGCAAGUGGCAACAAUUUCCCAGAUUCUCAGUCUUAAGGAUAACGAGCUGGACCAACUUGCCAACUUUUUGGGCCAUGACAUUCAGGUCCAUAGAGACUAUUAUCGGUUGCCAGAUGCAACUAUAGAAAUUGCAAAAAUCUCAAAGCUGCUACUAGCAAUGGAAAAAGGCGAUCUCGCAAUAUUCCAAGGAAAACCUCUCGAUGAAAUAGAGGUUGAAGAUGAAAUUGAUCUGGAAUUAGACGAGGAAGAAAUAAGUGCUGAAGAUGAUGAAGAGUCAGAUCCUGCCCAUGGAGUAAGGGGAAAAAGAAAAAUGUCCCCAGAUGAGGCUGAGAGCUCCACAGAGGCCAAAUCAAGGAGAAUGGUGAAAAGGCCAUGGAGCCCAAAUGAAGUGAAUGCAGUCAUGAAACAUUUCAAAGCCCAUAUUUCAAAUGGACACCUCGUAACAACGGCAGAGUGUAAGCAGUGCAAGGCUGCAGAGGACCCUGUUCUAAGAGAAAGAACAGUACAAAAUAUAAGGGAUUUCGUGAGGAACCGAGGAUUGCAGUUAAAAAAGAAAUGUUUUUAGAUUAGUUUGUUUUGUUGACCCAGUGAAGUUCAAAAGAAAAGAUGUAUAGAAAAGAAAAAUGUAAAAGCUGUACCUCUAGGGCAGGGGUGGGCAAUUAAUUUUCCCAAGGGAACACAUGAGAAACUGGGGCGGUUGCAGAGGGCCAGACCAAUACACUCGACUCAGUUCUGCCCAAUAUAUUUUAUCUCUCUAUAAAUGGAACAUUACAAAUUGUAAUUUACAAUUAUACAAUGAAAAUGUGGAGCACACAAUUAUGCCAUUAGCUAAUGAACAUUCACAAAAACAGUUUUGAAAAUGUGAAAUGUGUGUUUCAAAGAUUAUGGACGUGAAAUUCGCAGUCAAAACCUGAAACACACAUUCUCAUAGAUGUAUUCAUUACCAAUAGCUAUAUUGAGCCGUCUCUUUAUAUUUUUCUAAACCGCUGAAAAUAAGAGUCCAGACAUCAGUCUAUAAACAAUGAAGAAAAUAGGAUACACAUGCAUUAAAGACGUGACAAAAAAAAGACCUGAGUUUUUGGAAGAUGUAGGCCUAUUUGUAGACUUUCUGUGAUUUACAAUGCACAGCCCAGAAGCAACAAUAUCUGCCGGAUGGGAAGGGUUGGUUAUUCACAACAUAAAAUAUAGCCUACAUAGGCAACUUUUUUUAUUUAAAUAAAUUCGUUUUUGUGUUUCAGAGGAAAAAUCAAUGUUACGGACAUGACAGUUCUGAAAGUGGAAUUUAUCUGACAAUGGAAAUGCUUAGCUAAAAUGCUUUAAAAACUUUAACAGAGACGUCUAGCUGGUAUUUAAUAGGUCUGCCCCCAACAACUUAACUAGUCGUUGAUAAUAACAGUCCUUAUUAACUAAUCGCAUGUUUAUAUUAAAGCUAAUAAUCCAAUGAGCUUCAAUUCCGCACUCAGGCACGCAUAUAAAGUUUGCCACCAUGCAAGCACAGGCAAAAGUCGCCUAAUGAUUAUGAAUGUGUUGGAAAAAAGGAUAUAUUUUAAUUAUUUAUUAAUUCUCUCUCAUCUCCUGAGUACUGGACGCACCUUUAGAGAGAAAUGCAACCUUCAUACAGAUUACGAUAAUCAGGAAAUAUUUAUUUUUGAAUUUGUUUGUUUAAAAGUAGACAUUUUAAUCUUUCUAUAUAUAGCCUAUUUCACAUGUCUGUGAGGCAGCCGUACGCUGAGUUUCGGUUCUUUUUUCUGACGCGCUCCUUCGGAGAUGGCAGAAAGCGCGCGUCCUGCUUUCAUUAUUUUACAAAAGCAACGUUUUUUUUUGUUUUUAUGAGUUUACAGAAAUAACUUCAAAUCAGUUCGAAACUGAUUUUAUUUCAUUAUCAGGAAACAAAGCCUGGGUGUGGCCUGGGGGCCGUACAAUGCCCAGGUCUGCUCUAGGGGUACAACAGCUUGAGUUAUGUGUAAUCUUGAUACGUUUUACAGUAUAUGGCAACCAUUUCUAGAUAAUUUGGACCAAUGUAAUGCUUACUCUGACCAGCAAUGUAGUGCUUAGUAUUUGUCUGCCCCCUAUUGAGUGCUGCUUUGUUUUUCCACUGAAACUGCUUGUAUGCCCUGGUUGCUCUUAAAAGUCUGCUUUUUCUUUUAUAAUUAUUAUUUUAUUAUUGUAAUUAUUAUUUUAUGUAUUUUGUUCUUUUAUUGUUUUGUUUUAGUGUGUGUGUGUUUA